CUGAAACUUACUAAAAGGUUAGCUGUCAAACGUAAAACAAAAGGAAGACACACUUUCUUUAGUUGUACUCAUCAUGGCAACUCCACAGAGAAAUGCAGAAAACUUCAUGAAGGUGGAGGGCAACACGACAGAGCAUGUGGAUGGUAUUUGGAAGUCACUGGAGAAAUUUCUAAACGUUUCUGGGGAUGAUGCAACAGAGACAGGGGUGCUGCAGUCCAGGAUAGAUGAACAGUCAAAUCUGAUCUGCAUGCUGAAACAGAGAGCAGAUGAGGUGCUUCUUCGAAGUCAAGCCCUUCAGAAAAUCAAUACGGAGCUAGAGGACCGAGUAACAAACUGCCAGAAAGAACUGGACGACGAAAGAAAGAAAGCAGAGCUAUUGGAGAAGAGAUUUAUGGAUUUAGCUGCCAACAAUCAAGCAAUUAUUGCUUUCAUGGACGAGUACAAAAAUCAGAAUGCCCAGUUAAAGCUGGAAAACGAACAGCUGCAGUCAGAAAAUGACACGCUCUUCUCCCAAAAAUUACAAGAUAAAGAAAUAUUUGUUCAAAAACUGAUGCAAGACAUCAAACAGCUGACAGAGAAAUACACAAACAAGGAAAAGGAAUAUCGGGAGAAAUUAGCUGGAUGCCAGUCAAAAUUCCUGGAACAAACAACCCAGCAUCAAGCCAAGAACACAUUGCUACUUAAUCAAUUGCAUGAAGCUCAACAACAACAAAAAGAUGCUGCAGAGAUGUGCAACGACCUUAAGUUGAAGCUACAAAGGGCUGAAGAAGAGCAUGCUUUGAAGGAAACCAACAUGCGAGAAAGCAUUUCAAGCCUCAUCCAGGAGAAGGACAAGUUAUUGUGUCUGUCUAUGGAAAGAGGGAAAGUAAUACAGGAGAAACAAGAGGAAAUCCAGCAACUGGAGAUGAAAUGGAAAAAAGACAAAAAAGCCCGGGCUAAAGCAGAGGACAGGUUUGAAAAGGAAGCAGAAGCUGUCAAUGCAGACGUCAAGGUGAAGUCUCUCCAGUCUGCUCUUGAUGAAUCCACAACAAAAUAUGGGAAGCUGAAAAAGGAUUUUGAAGCCUUCAAAGAACACAGCACCAACCUCCUUAUUCAAGAAAGGGAGUUAAAUAAGAAGCUUCGACACAUGAUUGGCUAAUUUUAAGCAUUAUCCUGGGUGACCCAUGGGAUGUUGAAAGAAAAGUACAUCCUGUGCCUCCUGAUCAUGGAAGUAUUCAGCAAUAAGAAGACCGAUGAGAGCAACUCUGGCAACCUAUAGGCACAUUAAUUUGACUGUACACCAGCACCACCUGAGAAGAUGAAGACUGGAGUCACCAGGGGAGUUUAGCAUAAGUUCACACUGAGUAGGUCAAUGUGAAUUCAUCAAAACAACGUUACAUGCUGUGGUGAAGUACCGGA